GUGAGUUUGUUUGCAAAAAUUAAACUCUCUGUCAAGUCAAUCUCGCAGCUUCGACAAGUACAUGCCGUUACUUCAGCACACCUGCAGACCCUGCAAUAUCUCGACAAAAUAAUCAGGAAAUGAAGAUACUUAUUGUUCAACUGCUUAUCACCAUGACAAUAUGUUGUGAGGCGUUCUAUCAGCCUUUUAAACACGGUAAAAUGAAGAGAAUCGAACCCAAUACUCUAGAAGAACUGAAAACAGCACUUUGUACCAAGGAUAAGGAUGGAAAAUGUGAUGACGAGCCGAGGAAAAUAAUAAUCAAGAAGAUAUUUGACUUUACAGAUUCAGAGGGUUACAAAACCGAACUCGGAUGUUUCCACCUGUCUGAACCACUCAAGUGCAAAGUGUACGGACAACUGAAACUGAAUAUAAAUGAGCAGUGUAACGGCCUAGAACCAACAGACGUGACGUACAGUAUAGCAGGGAGAGUGGGACUGGACGUUGGCUCAAACAAGAUCAUCGAAGGCAGCAAGAAGGGGGGAUUGAUGGGGAAAGGACUGAUGAUGAUGAAUGUGAAAAAUGUGGAGAUCAGGAAACUUCGCAUUACAGAUAUAAAUCCCCGAGUUAUAUGGGGCGGAGACGCAAUAGACAUAAGGAAUAGCCAAAACAUCUUGAUCGAUGGAUGUUACAUCAAGAACAUCGGAAGACAAAUGAUGGUAACUCAUUUUGGAUCGAGUACAGGAAUCCUGGUAAGGAACACGGUGUUUGACGGAAACACACCUUUCUCUCCGUACUGCAAUGGCCGACACUACUGGCUAUGGCUGUUUCUGGGCGAGGCGGACCAGAUAGCCAUGCAGAACAAUGUGAUAUUCCACACCAACGGGAGAGGCCCGCAUCUACACGCUAAAAAAAAGUCCAUAUUACAUCUGAUACAGAACAUCUUCUACGAUAUAAAGAGUCCUGGGCUGCUGAUUGAGCAGGACGACCCAGAAACGAGCAUUCUCGCAGAAGGCAACAUCUUUUACGGCGUGGAAUACGUAGUGCGCCAAUGUUCCGGUCACAUUUUCUUCCCCAAAACUGCAAAAGAAGCUGAGCAAUGCAAAGCAGUAUUGGGUCGUGAAUGUCUUGUGAAUAAAGUGGAAGAUAGCAAGAACGCAGAUCCUACUAAUGAUUUAGUUGUGCUGGAAGACUUUCGGAAGAUUAAAAGCUCAAUGGUUUGUCCAAUCAAAAUGAAAAAUUCAAUAACCAAGCAAAUAAAAAUUCCUAAGGUUGUUAAGAAGCUGAUUGAAUAAAUAAUAAUCACAUAUGUAGUCUAUGUAAUUAAUCUUAACGUAAUUUGUUAACAUAUCAACACUUCAAACAAUUGGAUACAUAUAUAUAUCUUAAAAACCUCAGAGAAAAACAUAAUUUGUUUUGUUUUUAUCGUCCUUUCAAAAGCAGCAUAGAGCAUACUAUAAAAAAUAAAAAAUUACCAAAAUAAACAUUUAAAAAAAUAAUUCAGUGGUCAGUGGAAACAAACUGGUAUUGUAUACAAUUUGAAAACCCCCAACUCAAAUUGUAAAAUACUAGUAG